AUGGGCCGGGACUUUGAGACUCCUGCUAUACAACAAUCUAGAAGCCAGUUGUCAUCACCCAUCUGCAAAGGAGAAAAACAGAGGAAAAUUUUUCCUUAUUCCAAAAAUCUGGAUGCAAUAACAACUGAGUUUUUGUUCUGUGAGAAAAAAGAAAUUAGAAGAACGAUGCCAAUCUUUGCUGGUACAAUGACCAGGAUCAUUGUUAUUUCUUUCUUCAUUCUCUGGACAGCCACAGGGCAAGGGAAAGGAAAUGUCUUCACAGAAAAAGGCCUCUCCUUGCUAGGCUACCAUCUGUGCAACUAUAGCAUGACUAAAACGGUGUCUAAAAUGGUUGCCUACCAAAAGUCAUAUGAGAAACACACUUCUUGUGGAGGAUGGAUUCCAUGGAUGGUUUGUCCUAAGACAUCUUAUAAAAUGCAGUAUCGCAUCGUUGAAGUCCCUGAGAUUAUGAAUUUUACAGAUUGCUGUGAAGAGUAUGAACAAGUUGGGUUCUAUUGCACUUUAUCAUUGAACAGAUCCAGUGAAUUUGCCUCAAGACCUGGUGUUUGUCCAGAGGAGGAAAUGGAUUCAUUAAACUAUUCAUGCACACUUGAUACUGACUGUCCAGGACUUAAAAAAUGCUGUAACUUGUCCAAAGGAACAGGCUGUGUGGAUCCUAUACCAGAAGAGAGAAACCUGAAAAAAUAUUGGUUUAAUGUAACGGUCCUUGUGAAAAUGGAUUUUAAUGAAUUAAGCAGAGUGGAUCCAAGACUUUUGAAUCAUUCACGCCUUUUGCACGCCAUGAUGACUGGUGCAUUAUGGCCCUUAAAUUCCUCAGUGUACCAUAUCCAGACUACUCAGGCAGAAACAUAUGCUGGGACAUUAGCAUCUCAGGUUCUGAUUGGAUUACAUCAGCCAGCUCCACUAAUGAAAGUUUCUUCUUUGUUGAAAGGCAUUGUGAAGCGUGUGUAUGAAGUUAUCAACAUAGAUGUUCAAGAUGUAAAUGAAUGUUCCCACGCUGAACUCAAAGCUUGUUCCAGAUCAGAGCUUUGCAUAAAUUUAGAAGGUUAUUAUAACUGCACCUGUGAACAUGAACAUGUGGACAGGGAUUCUAGGCAGCCACAGGAAGAAUUUAAAGGCCUCUCUUCAAUUGGAAACCACCGAAUCGUCAGUGUUACCAGCAGCAGUUUUGAAGUAUCUUGGAGUGUAAAUUCUACUCUGAACCACACGUUCCAAGUACAAGUGUACAAGGGCAAAGAGUUGCUCAGAAAUAUGGAGACUACAGAAAUGAAAAUGGAUGUGUCCGGGCUGGAAGCAGGUAUAAAAUACACAGUGAAGAUCAGCUAUGAAUCUUGUGGAAAGAACAUUGUCUCCUAUCAAAAUGUCAAAACUGAUGCCCAGAUAUUUGGUGUUACAAUAAAGAUCCUAAACUAUAACUUCACUGAACAUUUCCACAACACCAGUAGCUCAGAAUAUCAAGAGUUUUCAAGACUGUUGCUCACAGAGAUUGAAAACUCAUUUCCACCAAAUAUUUCUAUAUUAUACAAAACUGGGAAGCUGAAGGUGCAAAUUGAGUCCCUGAAAGCUGGAAGUAUCAUUGUGAGGCUUAGAAUCAUUGCACAGGACCCUGAGUUUCCAAUAGAUGUGUCCACAUUUGCUCCUAUGCUUUCUUCUCUGUAUAGAAGCUCAGUGUUUUUGGUUGAUCAGCAGAGCGCCUCAGUAGAAGACUGGGACGAAUGUGCAUCUCGUUCAGAGAAUGACUGCUGUAUGUAUGCAGAGUGUAUCAAUUUAAUGGGCUCAUACAUGUGCAGAUGCAAGACAACCAUGGAUACCAAUCCAUCUCGGCCUGGAAGAAACUGUGAAGGUGAAAUUGUGAACCCAGUUACUGAAAUGAUGCCCCUAAAUGAAUCAGGCAGGCCAGAAAUACCACCUGAAACAAGUACUGGACUGCAUGCUUCACCAGCAAUCACUGAAAUAAGAACAAUGACUACUCUCAGCUCCAAGAGGAGUACCAUAUUAAAUAUGCCUACUGUGCUGCCAUCAAGUGGUACGCAAGCGUCAAGCAGUCAUUCUUCCAUCAGCAGUCCUCCAGUCACUCAGAGACAAGACAUGACAUCGUCAAUUGGAUUUGAAAGAAAUAAUAGCACAAUUGGUAUGGAGGGUCCAACAACCAUCAAAACACUAGUCGUGGUGACAGAACAAUGGAAAGAUGUAAGUGCAUCACUUGAAAACUCUAUGGAAAAGACUUUAACUGGUGCACCACAGCAACUGACUACUGUUACCAGUGCGUUCAGGGAUGCAACCAGUCAAGAGCAGCACACUUCACCAUUGCCCAUAUUAUCUAUGGUUUCAAAUACAACUUCUGCCAUUGUGAGAAAUAAAACUAUAGGAGAGACCCACAAACCUCUCCAGGUUCCUGAAGCAAGUUCUCAGGAUGGCUCCAGUACAUCCCUGCCUACUACAGAAAACCCUACAAUUUAUACUCUAAAUUCUACCCUUGAUGUACAUGAAGAGAUGGGAAGAGUUAGCAACUCUUGGUCUGAGACACCUCCUAAAGAAUCAUUCUCAGUGCCACCUGUUUCCCCUGACUUCUCACCACCAGCUUUCAGUGCUACUACUUCCCCGAACACAGAUUGUAUACCUGUCCCAGCUCAAAGGAUUAUUUUCUCCGAUGUGACUAGCAUCAGCUUUCAUGUAGCCUGGUCCACAGAUUCUGCACUGAAUCCUGCUUUCCGAUUUCUACUGCUUCAGGAAAACCAGCUAAUAUCAGAGGCUAAAAUCCAGAGCACGAGUCUGACAGUGCCAGGGCUAAAACCUGGGAUCUUGUACACCGUUGAAAUAACGACAGAAGUUUGUGGGAUGGAAAGUAAACCAGCACGCCAGAAAGUAAAGACUGCUGUUCAAAAACUGAAUGGAUCAGUAAGAAUAACAAAUGUGAAAUACACUGCAGGCUUGAACAAUGCAAGUAGUGAAGAGUAUCAUAACUUUACACAGCUGUUUCUUGGUGAAGUACGGAAAUCUCUGCCUCUUAACUGUCUUCGGGAAAUGGAUCUUGGUUUGAUAAAAAUGCUGAUAACUAGUAUUACUAAUGGAAGCAUAGUGGUAGGUUUCGAUUUACUGACUGCAAAAGACUUGGAUAUCCACAACCUUUCCACAGAUUUUCAUGAUGUCUUUAAAAAUAGUUCCUAUUUUACAGUUGACAACACCAGCCUCUCCAUACGUGAUUAUGAUGAGUGCGAAAGAGAAGAUAAUGACUGUUCCCCGGAUGCAUCAUGCCACAACACAUAUGGGAGCUAUCAAUGCAGCUGUAAUGAAGGAUUUGCUGAUCUCGAUUCAGAGAGGCCUGGGAGAAACUGUGAAGCAUUUCCUCUUAGCCAUGGCCCUACAACUGCACAUGGCAAACAUGUAGGCGGCACAGGUUUACCUGUAACACAUCCACAUACUUCAGCUCCUGUGUUUUCACCUGCUACAGAGGAUUCAGCUGCUGCUAAAACCAAAGCUGAAGAGGAUACUAUGUUUUCUAGCACAGCAAUGCCGCGUGCCUCCAUAGCGUCUGUGUCGAAUGCCCGUAGCUCACCACACGUCACUACCUCGCCACUCACUAAAUCUUCCCAGGGGAUGUCCAUAAAGGAUGCAGUGAGAGUGUUCUGUGAGAUUGAGAAGAUUGUCAUUUCCAUUCAGAAGAUAUUUCUGCAGCAGGAAUCUAUCCCAGAAUCUGCACUCUAUCUUGGGGAGCCUCACUGCAACGUGAGCUUCAGCAACGACACUCGUGUGAUGCUGUGGACAGCGUGGGACGAAUGUGGAACUAAAGUACAAAGUAAUCUGACUAAGACUAUUGUGAAAACAAUACUUCGGAAUGACAACUCCUCUCAGGGAGUUAUCCACAACUUGAAGAUUGUCUGUCCAAUCCAUUGUGUGUUUCAGAAUAAUCUCUUGACUUCAUCUGGAUACAGUUCAGAAGGGGUUUAUACCUUUUUUGAGGAUUUACAUGGAUCUGGAGAUUUUAUAACUGAGAUGCAAUUGUUUGUUGGAAACUCUUCAAUCCCCCAAAAUUUCAGUGUCUCUGUCACUGAUGAUAUACUGAUUGAGGUGGGAAUUCAAAAAGGAGACAGCAGGCUCAAGGUGGUCGUCACUGAGUGCUGGGCAACUCCAACGAGUAAUUCAGUGGAUCUUCUCUCAUUUGGUUUUAUUAACAACAGCUGCCCAGUCCCAGAGACCUACACCACCAUGAUUGAAAAUGGAAAUUCAAGAAAAGCUCAGUUUAAGCUGAAAAUCUUUUCCUUUGUCAACAACUCUGUGGUUUACCUACACUGCAAAAUUCGUAUUUGUGUGGAAACUCCUGAAAGCACCUGUAAGAUGAGCUGCCGAGAUGUUCGAUCCCUGAAAAGUGGUGAAAUUAUUGCCACACACAGAACAUCCUGGGGGCCUCUGUGCAGAGCCACUGCAUCUGAUGCAAAAAGUGAGACGGCACCUAGGCUAGGAGUAGGGCCCAUCAUCCUCAUCGUCAUUGCUGUGUUUGUUUUUGUGCUGGGAGCGGCGGCCCUUUUGGUGUUCCAAUACCAACGGAAGACGGGGAGAUACAACUUCAAAAUCAAGUCUGACAACUUUAGCUACCAAGUGUUCUAUGAUUAAAUAUUUCCAAUUUAUCACAUCUGGAACUUGUCUCAACACACAGAUGGCAACAGCUUUUCUUCGCACAUCAUUUUGCUCCCAUUAUCUCUCAUGUCGGUGGUCAUGAUCUGUCGCAACAUUGAAUCCCCAAAGUGACUAUAUUCCUCCUGGUCUCUCUUCGCUGUCUGUUACUCACCAGAGCAGUCUAAUUACAACACACAAACUAUAUGGUAGAGCUGCAUUUUAAGUGGCUGUGAUCUUCUACUUGUAGUACAAUUGCAGGAUAUUUGAUUGGGUACUCCAUUGUACGAGGCAGCAAUUCAGUUCUCAGCUGGAUAAACUGGGACCCAAGGCCAAGAAACAGCAUACCUCUCCUCUUAGUCCCAUUUUACAGCAAGUGUACCACUAUUUCCCCUUUUCAAAAUAUUUGUGAAUAGAACUUCUCCUUUCCCUCCCAGCUCAAUUGCUCCAGUUCCAGCUAUGCCCAAGAUUCUCCUGCUUAAAAAUCUCUCUCAGCCACUUGCAGUUCAGCUCCUCCAUUUUUGUUUUCAUGGUCAAUUAAAAAAUGUCCUUUUUAACAUUUUGAUCACUAUAUUUUCUUCUGUUGUUGUUGUUUUGUUAUCUCAUGCUUUCCUGCAUUGGGUUAAUCUCUUUCCUGCUGCACUGAAUGGCACUGAAACCUCCUAGUUUCUAAGGCGGAGAAGGAAACUUAAAAAAGAAAGGUUUAGAUCAUCCCUGUAUAAGGAAAAAUAAGCACUGAGCCAAGAAAUGUGAUUAGUUUGAUAAGUUGUAUAAUCAAUUGCUUGACCACAUUUUGGUUUGUUAUGAAAUAUACUCAAGAGACCAAAUAGCCAAUGUAAGUCAGGUUAUUAAUGUCAUACAGGAAAAAGGUUCUAUAAGUUAUCAGGCUCCAAAGAGCAGUCCUGUGCAUUCACCUUACGCAGAAGGUGCUCUGUGAAGGUACAUCCCUACUUGUUUCCCAGUGAAAGGCACUAUGUAUGUCACCCGAAAUUGGAUUCAAGUAAUCAGCUUUUUACCUUGCUUGUUUCUGAUACCCUGGUGUAUGCCUCUAUUUUUUUUUUCUGAACACAUGCAUUCCAGGUCAUGAUGCCCUCUUACCUUUGUUCUGGAUACAUGCAUUCCAGGUACUAAGGGCAUGAGGAUACCUCAUAUAUCUGUGCUGGGACAAAUAGGUUUUUGAGGGUAACACCCUUUCUGUUGCUAUGAGGAAACAAUAUAUGUCCUGAUACUGACAGUUUUCCUAUCUAGUUAAGCCAAAGCUUACUGCAGCUAAUGUAAGAUGUUAUGGAAUCCUUAGUAUAAGUGAACAGGAUUAGGUACAAGCCUGUUUGGGAUAUAUAGCUGCUAUGUUCAUGCUUAAUAAUAUGUGUACUUAAUUGCUUGGAAUAUAGAUGGUGGGUAGUAUUAUCAGCAUAAUAUAUAUAUAUGUAUGCUAGCCAGUGUAUAGUAAUCGUCAAGUUUCAAGUUGCAGUUUCCUGCUACCCAUCUUGUGGAAAGCAUGAUGAUUUCCCUGCAAAGUGCUGGCAAACAGCUUGGCCUUCCAAACCCCAGGAGACCCAAGAAUAGUGGGGAAAUGAGCGGGAGCGUGGGUCACCUGUAGAAGGCUAGGGCAUUUGUGCAAAAGGUCCAAUAUGUCUCGCAAAUGCUUUAGGCCAAUCCCGUCUCCAUGGCAAGUUGCUUCUUCAGGAACUCUCAUGACAUGAUCUUCCCUCCACUGCCCCAAUCCCUGACCUUACAGAUGUUUCCACAGCAUGGAGAGAGAGGCAGCAUAAUAACUUGUAACUAAUAAUGAUGGUAACUUUGCAUUUGGAUUGCUUAAGAAAUUGUACUUGUGGUGUGAUUUUAGUUACCGGUACCUGUGUCACAUGUUUGCUUUGAUUGAUUAUGGUGGACAUAGUCACACCACUUUAAGGUUGAUGGCUAUAAUUAUAAACAGCUGCUCCUUUUUAAACAAAAAACAUUUAAAAUGAUCAGUAGAAAAUGGACAUAAACCUGAACAGACAGAUCAUCUAAAAGAUCAUAGCCUUUGCACUGAUUUACUGGUACUCCUUUACAUUCCUUGCAGUCCUAUUUAUAUUCAAGAAUACAAUUUGUAUCUUCUGAAUCCAAUGUUUGCUCUGUGCCCAGAUUACAAGGGCAGGUUCUAUGGCCUGUGUUAUGCCGGAUGCCAGACUAGAUCAUAAUGCUCCCCUUCUGGCUCCAAAAUCCAUGGAUCACCUACAGAGUAAAUUAUCUCUGCUUUUGACCCAAGAUGUCUUACAAAGCAUGCAAGUCUCCUUUGUAUCGUCAUUCCAUAAAUCAUGACUGACUUGUAGAGAGACAAGGUGGGUGAGGUGAUAUCUUUAAUUGGACCAACCUCUGUUGGUGAGAGAGACAUGCUUUUGAGCCACACUGAGCUGUUUCUCAGGUCUGGGAAAGGAACUCCCAGCCUCACAGCAAAAUGCAAAGUGGAACAGAUUGUUUUGCAUAUAUAGUUAGCAUGUAUUGUAAGAGACCAUUCAAGGUAGACAAUUCAAUUACUGGAUUGUCAUCUAUGUAUCAGUUUCAACAGCAAGUUAGAUCCUAGUUAAAAACACUGUCUGGGCUGAUGACGGGGCAGUGAAGAUGCAAUGCUUUGCAAUCUUAGUUUGAUGAACCACUAACUUUUCAUUGUAUAGAAGUUUCUUUAUUCUUAGUGAAUUUGCUCUGAGCAUCACAACUGUAUUUGCCUUCUGCACAGAGUGAAAGAGGAAACUAUUUUAAUAUCCAUAUUUUUAAUAGUUUGUAGUAUUCACAUCCUAAAUUGCUCUCAAAUUACAGGGCCAGAGCUUUCGGUUUUGAUUUCAGUGGAGCUAUGCCGAUUUACAGCUGCAGCGGAUCUAGCCCACAGUUUUUAAUGAAAUGGGAUAACUUGAAUUUGACAUUUAGCAUGCUGAACGGAAACUAUUGUUGUGAACAGACACAAAUCAGAUAUUAUGUAGCCUGUUUUGAUGUCUUAAUAAAUGCAAGGUCUAAGCUUUA